AUGUCGAAGGAUCUUAUGGAAUACAUCGACAUUGAGUUGAUUUUGGUUUAUGCCAGAUACAUAAUCAUCCUCAUGGUAAAAAUGAUGCUGAUGAGCGCCAUGACCGGAUUCUACCGAAUGAAGAAUAAGGCAUUUUCUAACCCUGAAGAUAUAGCAACACUUGGGAAAGGGGAGCACGUGAAAAAGUAUUUGCGGACUGAUCAAGAUGUGGAGCGCAUACGCAGAAUUCAUCUCAAUGAUCUGGAGAACAUCGUUCCAUUUGCCAUCAUUGGGUUCUUCUACUCCAUCAGCGGCCCUGCCUAUUCCACAGCCUUGCUGCACUACCGACUCUUUCUCGGGGCUCGGCUCUUCCACACCGUGGCCUACUUUGUCCCCCUUCCCCAACCCUGCAGAGGAUUGUCUUGGCUCGUCGGUUACUUAGUGACCUUCUCGAUGGCGUACAGGCUGUUGGUGGUCAGCCUUGCUGUGUGA